UCAUCAACAACAAAAACCCUUGAAAAAAAAAAAAAAUAUAUAUAUAUAUACACAUCAACCAAAAAAAAAAAAAGCGAAGAUGCCACUUGACUUUUACUACAUGGACAUGUCUCCCCCGUGCCGAGCCGUGAUGCUCACCGCCAAGGCUGUGGGGGUCGACCUCAACCUGAAGCUCGUCAACAUCAUGGCAGGCGACCACAGGAAGCCAGAGUUUCUCAAAAUCAACCCUCAGCACAAGAUUCCAUUUCUGGUGGACGGCACUGUGAAGCUGUCUGAGAGUCGUGCCAUUUGCUCCUACUUGGCAUCUCAGUACGGAAAGGACGACUCGUUCUACCCCAACAACCCGAAAGCCCGAUGCAUAGUGGACCAGAGGCUUUACUUCGACAUAGGAACUCUCUAUCAGAAAUGGGCUGAUUUUGCGUACCCUGGCUUAAGAGGGCACCCAGUUGACCAAUCCCACCUGGAGGGCAUCCAUGAAGCUCUCUCAUUUUUGAACACCAACCUCAUGGACUUUCCUUGGGUAGCAGGAAAUAAGAUUACUAUUGCCGACUUCUGCCUGGUGGCCACCGUGUCAACCAUUGAAGCUGCUGGUGUAAAUCUAGAGCAGCACCCCCGCAUCCUGCAGUGGCUGAAGAAGUGCCAGACAAAGAUGGUCGGCUACAAGGAGGCAAAUGGGGAUGGGGCCCAGAAGUUUGGGGACUUUCUGAAGGGCAUCAUUGCACCUCCAGCACCUGAGAAGGUAGAAGAGAAGGAAGAAGAGAAGGAGGAUAAUAAACCAGUAAAGAAGGAAGACACAUCAGAUUCCUCAUCGGAUGAGGAGAAAUAAUGAGAGUGAACAAAUCCAAUGAACUAAAGGGGUAUUUUGCAUCAACUGUUAUUUAUAUGCUCAUCAGCUGUCUUAUUUGUUUUCAUGUAUGUUUUGGUUCUUUCUGAUAAUAACAUAAAUCUUUGUCAUUUUCAAUAGUACAAAAAAAAAAUGGUUCUUGCCUUUUAUUUUUUACUCUUAUCUAAAAUUAAUGAGCUGUAUUUUCUUCAUACGACUCAUUUCAGUUGGGCAACUUUUAUUUUCUUAUUUUAUUAAAAUGUAUAUGGGGGGUGGGAACAAAGAAGUAAAUAAUGUAUGAAAAAAAAACAUUCAUAAAUAUUUUAUUGAUAUUUCUGUAAUCAAAAAUAUAUGAAUGUGUAGAACAUACAGAUAUUCAUUUACAAGCAGAUCCUCCUGUCUCAUAUUUUCUCGUAGGCAGAGGCAGACAAAAAAUUAACAACAAAAUGUUAAUUACUUGACUAGAAUUCUACCAUUGGGAUUUUAUAAAUAUAUUUUACCAUCUUGGUUUUAAAAAGACUCCCAUGGUUCAGUAAUGCUUAUCCCCUUCUGUUACAGAAACCAAAAGUUUGCAAGUUUCAAAAUGAGAUUUUAACCAAAUCUCCAUUUCACAAACAAUUCCCCAAACUACAAAAGACAUAAGCGUAAAUAGCUUCAAGAUUUGCCACAACAGCAGCAUAUUUAUCACAGUGUUGGUUGCAGGAUUUUUUCUCACUGUUUACACCAAAGUUCAGUCAAAUCAUGGCCCCCUCGCUUUUUCCCUCUUUCACUGUUGCCAUCCAGGCUUGUCUUUUCUCGCAGGCAGGAUCUCCUUUGUUCUCCAGGGCCUGUUUCUUUGUAUUCCGCUUUUUUCUAUCACUCUUUUUGGGCACUUUUGUUUUGAGUUUGGGGGUGGGAUCGAUGCGGAUGGCUGCAUGACACUGCUUGUACAUCUCCUCCACCUGAAAAUAACAAUAAAAAGUUAUUAUUAUUAUUA